AUGGGCUUGAACAGCAUUAUCUUGCCACUUGUUGGUCUCGUAGCAGUCGUCACCGGCUUGGGCUGCUACACCACCCCCGCCUUCUUUGCGGGAACGUCGGACUUCGAAUUCUCGGAUCUUCACAACAAUCCUGGACGAUAUUCUGGCGAUAAAAAUCGCGACCUUCACCAGGAAGUCAUCAACGACAUCGACACGCACUGUCAGCUGGUCAGCGGCUCUAUUGUCAAGCCGGGGAGCGGGUGGGAGGAUUGCAGCGAGUGGGCAUACCAGAAAGCCACGCUCGGGUGCGAGCUUGAUUGCAACCACAGCUGCAUCGACGAAGAAGGUGUAGAUCAGUACACCUGCGAACAGGACUGCUACGCCGAAUGCCCUCUCGAGGAUCAGUUUCCGUACAGGAACCACAUCGACUGGGAGAUCAAGCACGACGGUGACGGAGACGACACGCACACGAUUUCGUACGAUAGCUGUAUGGCUGGAUUCAAGAACAUCGUGGAUACUAUGGGAUGUACUCUUGGCGGAGAGCAGAACUAUGAUGGUUUCUGGUUUCGCAUUGACCCGAAUCCUGGAGCCUGUGGGACGUGA